CCGCUCGUACCGUCUACCUCGACGCCCCGUAUCCAACUCGCCCGCUCCUCCAAUUCCCUCGGCCGCUAUACCGCAACGGGGGCCCUGAAUCAACCUGGCUAGAAAGAGGCUCGUCACCCUCGUUCGUCCCUUGGACAACACAACGUCGACAUUCCACCCUCGUCCUCCUCGCCAUCGACAGAGACGCCAAUCCGCAGUCCUCGACCCAGGCCGCAUCGCGCAUGCUCUGAACCCUCUCGAUCGCCCCGUCUUCGCACCGCUGCUCGACUUGCGAGGCCAUUGCGCGCAUCCACCAACAAAGGACACAUACCGCACACACCGUUCUGUGAGCUGCUGGACAGCUUCGUCGACGAACCGCCAAAAUGACGCUCAAGGAAGAGUUCCAGACCCGGAAUUUCAGUAUCUACGGACAAUGGUUUGGGAUCCUGUCCAUGAUCCUCUGCUUCGCUACGGGCUUGUCCAACAUCUUUACACUCUUCUCCAAACACGCGCUGCUGAUUAUCUUCUGCGCACUCGCUCUCGCCUCCUCCUUGAUCAUUCUGUUUAUUGAGGUGCCGCUGCUGCUCAGAAUCUGCCCGACGUCCCCCAAGUUCGACGAACUCAUCCGCAAGGUCACCUCCAACUACAUCCGGGCAGGCACCUAUGGCGUCAUGGCUAUUGUCCAGUUCCUCAGCACUAUUAUCGUGUCAUCGAGCUUGAUUGCUGCGGCGGUUUUCCUGCUGCUGACAGCCGUCUGCUAUGGUCUUGCCGGCCUCAAGGGCCAGGCGUUUAUUGGAAGCAAAACUCUUGGCGGCGCGGGGAUUGCGCAAAUGAUUGUCUAAGAUCCUUGCUGCUGCGCGAGAUUAGGGAGAAGGCGAGAUAAAAAAGGGGAAACGACGCAUGAUUCAGAAUGAAGCUGGAGCCGAGUUGACGAGGCUUGGAACUUGGACAAAGAAACGAAAAAUCUCAAGCGGGUUAUCCGAUGGAUCGUUUUCUUAUCACUCAAUACUUGCUUUGGGGCUGUUGGGCAUUUGUAUCCUAAAAGGGACUGAUUUCGGCGUCGGGCAUGAGGCUUGGCUCAUGGUU